GAUGAUGAGAGCGCGCGCGUCACUGAAUAACGUGGUGCUGUGUGUGAGUGUGUAUUAGAGUGUAUAAGUAAAUAUAGGAGUAUAUAAGAGUAUAUUUACUACUAUAGUAGAGUGUAUAACAGUAGAGUAUAUAACAGUAGAGUGUACAGCAUGGCCACAGUGCAGGUGAGCGAGGCUGAGAAGGUGUAUAUAAUGCACGGAGUGAGGUGUGAGGAAACAGCGCUGUGUUUGGUACAGGAUGAUCUGAGGGUGGACGGGCGAGGCUGUGAGGACUACAGACACAUGGAGGUGGAGACGGACGUGGUCUCUAACACUGACGGAUCUGCUAAAGUCAGCCUGGGACACACAGACGUUCUGGUGGGAAUAAAAGCUGAGAUUGGGAAGCCGAAGCCUGCAGUUCCAAACGAGGGAUAUGUGGAGUUCUUCGUAGACUGCUCGGCGAAUGCGACGCCGGAGUUUGAGGGGCGUGGCGGGGAGGAGUUGGGGGUGGAGCUGAGUAACACUCUGUAUAAAGUAUUUAAUAACAGACACAGUCUGGACCUGCGCUCUCUGUGCAUCUGUCCUGGAGAACACUGCUGGGUCCUGUACAUCGACGUCCUGCUCCUGCAGUGUGAUGGGAAUCUGUUUGAUGCGAUGUCUGUCGCUAUUAAAGCAGCUCUAUUUAACACACGGAUUCCUAAAGUGCAGGUAUCUGAGGAUGAGGAGGGGGGGAAGGAGAUCGAGUUAUCUGAUGAUCCGUACGACUGCAUGCGCCUCGACGUUACUAACGUUCCCUGCAUCGUCACCCUGUCCAAGAUUGGUCACAGGCACGUGGUGGACGCCACGCUGCAGGAGAAGGCGUGUUCGGUGGCCAGUCUGCUGAUCUCCAUCACUCAUAAAGGGCUGGUGACCUGCGUCCGGAAGCUGGGGGUGGGGAGUCUGGACCCCGACAGCAUCUUCGAGAUGACCGAGACGGGGAAGCGUGUGGGGAAGGCUCUUCAUGCUCCUCUGAUGGAGUUGCUGCAGAAAGACGAGAGUUUGGGGAAGAAAAGACAGAAAGUGGGCUUCCUGGCGUAAACCUCGUAUCUCCUCCUCUUUUGUACUGUUUUUUAUUUCUGUUUUCUUCUCUGAAUAAAGCUGAGUUUCCUCUUCA